AUGGAGGUCGACAUGCCGCUCAUUAUGAUCACUGAGCUGCUGAGAUAUAACUACAACUUAACAUGCCUGACAGACAGCGGCCGCUUUUGCAACAAUGUCGCCGCAGCUUUCGCCACCUCGCGGGAUCCGGAGGCAGCGAACGUACAAGGUGCUCUGCCUGCCGGCGGCGACUUUGGUGACUACGUGCCGUCCGAUACGUGCGACGGCUGCUUAGUGAAGAACCUUCGGUUCCAAGCCGGAUCUCCUUACUUUGACGGGCCAAGGCUGCAGGCUCAGUCAGUUUACGAGUCUCGCACGGCUGAUUGUGGUAUCACGGGAGCACCUCUCAUCACUACCACGAUUAGCCUGUUCACACAAACAACGGCGGUUCCGACGUCCACACCAACUUGCACGGGGAAGACUUACUCUAUUCAGCCAGAGGACGAUUGUAACUCCAUCUCCGUAUCACAGAGCAUUGGAACGGAGUGGCUCCUCUGGGACAACGAGUUGCUGGCAUUCUGUCACAAGUUCCCUACCGAAGGAGAGCUUUGCCUGGUUAAUACUUGUGAUGUCUACACCGUGGUUGAGUCGGACACCUGUGACAAGAUUGCAAAAGCUCACGGCAUGACUGUGACUCAGCUACUAUCUUGGAAUCCUCCCUCAAUUCCUCUGACUGCCGCGCCGGUUCCCACUAAUGUUGCGGCCGAGACGAACACAUAUUGCGGUAGAUACUACACUGCUAUUCUCGGAGACUAUUGUAACUUGAUUGUUAUGAAGUUCGGGAUUUCCAUGGACGAUUUCUUAUUCCUCAACCCCGCAAUUAAUGAGAACUGUACCAACUUGUACGCUGAGGAGUCAUAUUGCGUGCAGCCUGUCGGAGACUGUGAGUUUAACCAGAUUCACAAGCUUUCGUACUCUGAGCACGUCCUAAUCUGUGGUUGA